UCCAUCACCAAAAAUGUUCAAAAUGGCAUUCCUGUUAUUUGCCUAUCUUUUUCUCCUCUGUACUUCUGUUUCAGGUCAGGAAUCAUUACAACUUGUGACUUUUCAUGAAGAUUUAUCAUACAUGAAUUCUCGUAUUCAAACAAUGGGUGUGUCAGUGAAUCAAGAAAAGCUUAAUGAGGUUUCAAACAACAUUUUAAUGGCAGAAAAUUGGCUAAAACAACAUGUUUUAUCUUACUAUCCUUCAACUAAUAUAGGUCACAUUGUUAUAUCUAACAUUCUUCUUUGCAAAGAUGAGAAUUUUAUGAAUCAAGAAAAGAUUGUUGGGAUAACUUUGGAUUCUAUGAAGAAUAUCUAUUAUUGUCUUACUAGAUGGGGUUUAGAGAAAAAAAUUAAAGUCUCGGUUACUUUAUCUCUAAAAUGUGUACACAAAUCAUAUCUUAAAAGUAUUUUAAACUUCUUGGAUGAGAUAAAUUCAACUUAUACUAUAGACCCACCUCAAUUUACUGAUCAACUUGUGAACUUGAUGAUUUCUGAGCUGAAAUUAGUGAAAAAGUUGGGUAAUUUUCGGCCCGAAAAGGUGAACUUUAUCUCCCCUGUUUUGAAACAAUCAAAGCCCACAUCAAGAAAGCUUUCAUUCAUUGAUGAUUUAUGGUCAAAUCCAUCUCCACCAGAAAAUGUUGUUGAAUUUUCACCGGCGCCGGAAAUUCAGCCUCCGGCGAGUAGUCCAUCUCCACCUUACGGGUUUAGUUUACCUCCAUGUAACCCUUACCCUCACCCUUACCACGCUGUGCCCCCAGUGGUGAGUAAUGGUAACAGGCCGAUGGUGGCACCGCCACUUGCGGUUGGUAACCGUGGUGGGUCAGUGGCGGCGCCGCCACUUGUGGUUGGUAACCGUGGCGGGUCAGUGGCGGCGCCACCACAUUUGGGAGGUGAAAUGCUGUGGUGUGUGGCUAAGCCUAGUGUGCCAUCAGAGAAGCUGCAAGAGGCGAUGGAUUACGCGUGUGGUGCUGGUGGGGCGGAUUGUGGGCCAAUAAGCCCAAAUGGGAGCUGCUAUAUGCCGGAUUCGGUUGUUGCUCAUGCUUCAUAUGCUUUCAAUAGUUACUGGCAGAAGAACAAGAAGAAUGGUGGUGUUUGUGGCUUUGAAGGGACUGCUAUGCUCAUUGCUUCUGAUCCAAGUUUUCUUCAAUGUCGUUUCCCUCAUGGCUGAUUUUUGGGGGAGUGUUUCAAUGUGGAAGAGAAGCUGCUUUUUUUUUGGGCAAGUCUGGUGGAGAAAUAAUUUAUAGAUACUAGAUGAAUUAGAUGUUAUAGAAUAGCACAUUUUGUGUUCAUUCCACACUUGCAAUCUAAAUAUAAUGAACUUAUGAUAUUAUAUUCUGAUUAGAAAUUUGGCACUAGUACUAUUUAUUGAAUAAUGAAUGUCAUUUCGUUCGAGUA